AUGACGUCGACGGAGACACGUCACAGGCGGGACUCACGUGACCUCGCGAGGGGCCAAAAGCUUCCCGCAACGGAUCCGUGCAGCAUCCGUUCACCAGCCUUCCGCACUUUGCGCCAUGGUCUUUCAGAUGCAGAGACGCCCCACAUGUCGUCCUCGGUGGUCAGCGCACCGCAGCCGGUGAAGCUCUCUCUGCCUUUGGAAUACCAGCAGAGCCUCUUCCAGGAGCUGCGGGCUACCGAUGAGCUCGUCGUCCUUGCGCGCGGCCUCGGCCUCAUGCGGCUGGUCACCAACUUGCUGCACUCGUACGAUGCGGCUGGCAAUAACCUGAUCCUCGUGGUCAACGCAACCGAACGUGAGAACGGCUGGAUCGGCGAGGCCCUAGCCGAACAUGCGGCCAUCAGCAUGUCGCCGCGGGCCCGCGGACUGACGGUAGUCAACACCGAUUUCACCACCGUGGGCACGCGCGAGAAAAUGUACGCGGCUGGCGGCGUGUUCAGCAUCACGUCGCGCAUCCUCGUCGUCGACCUGCUGACGUCGCUGUUGGACCCGGCCUCGGUCAGUGGCAUGGUGGUGCUGCACGCAGACCGCGUCGCGGCCACAUCGCUCGAGGCCUUCAUCCUGCGCAUCUACCGCCAGAAGAACAAGCACGGCUUCCUCAAGGCAUUUUCGGACAGUCCCGAGGCCUUCUCGAGCGGCUAUGCACCGCUGGCUACCAUGAUGCGCAACCUCUUCCUGCGCAAGGCCUCGCUCUGGCCACGCUUCCACGUCACCGUGGCAGCCGGGCUUGAAGGCCGGAAGCGGGCCGAGGUGGUCGAGUUCGAGGUGCCCAUGACCGAGAACAUGAAGGACAUCCAGAACGCCAUCCUUGAGUGCGUCGAGGUCAGCAUCCACGAGCUGAAGAAGAGCAACCCGGGCCUGGACAUGGACGACUGGAACCUCGACAGUGCCCUGCUUAAGAAUUUUGACACUAUGGUGCGGCGCCAGCUCGACCCCAACUGGCAUCGCGUCAGCUGGAAAACCAAGCAGAUUGUUGGCGAUCUGACCGUGCUGCGUGGUAUGCUGCACUCCAUUGUGGCCUGCGACGCCGUCGCUUUCCUGCAGCGCCUCGACACCAUCCACGCCGCCCACUCGCCGGCUCCGGGCUCGACACGCCAGACCCAGUCGCCCUGGCUCUUCCUCGAUGCCGCCCAGACCAUCUUCGACACGGCCAAGCGACGGGUGUACACAGGCAAGCACGAUUUUCGUAGUGCCUCUAGCACUGGUACUGCUGCUGUCACCACCACACUGCGCCCAGUGCUGGAGGAGCAGCCCAAGUGGUCGGUGCUCGCCGAUGUGCUGGCCGAGAUCGACCGCUCGCUCUACCUGGAGCCGAUGCCGCGCGAUGACUCCAACGGGACGAUCCUGAUCAUGUGCGGCGACACAGACACAUGCCGACAGCUGCGCGACUUCCUGCAGACCAUGCACGUGCGACCGCGCACCGAAUCGCGUGUCGAGGAGUUCUUUGACGCCGACGAGGACCGGCCGUCGGGUGCGUUCAUGAUGCGGCGCAAGCUGCGCAACUAUCUUAAGUGGAAGAGCGAGUUCGCCCACGUGAACGCGGCGCUCUUCGCCGAGAACCAGAAGGCGCUGAGCGGGGCCGUCGAUCCGCGGACAGGUCGGCCAGCCGGCCAGCGUGGCGGUGUGCCGCCGAACAAGCGACGCCGCGUGCGAGGAGGCGGCGGUAUGGGCACAGCGGCUGCAGCAUCGGCCAUUGCAACUGCGUCGGUGACCCACGCAGCCCGGACGGCCAACGGCAGCAUCGCGCAGUACUUUGAAAAGCCGAGCGAGGUGGCUGACCUAAUGGCCGAGAUCCAGGAGGCUGAAGCGGUGACGGCAGGCGAGGACGGUGGGCCGGACGGCAGCAGUCGCGCGGCCGAAGCAGCUGCAGCCCAGCAAAAAGCAGAGAUCCUCGCAGCCAUGGCAGACCCGAUGGAGAACAUGGAGGACUACUACCAGCUGUAUGAGAUGAGCGAUCUGGUGGUGAUCCAGGCGUAUGACGGCGACCAGGACGAGCACGUGCUGGAGGAGGUGAAGCCGCGGUACAUUGUCAUGUACGAGCCAGAUGCAGCUUUCAUCCGGCGGAUCGAGGUGUACCGGUCGUCGCACAACGACCGCAACGUGCGGACGUACUUUAUGUACUAUGGCGGGUCGGUCGAGGAGCAGAAGUACCUGUCGGCGGUGCGGCGCGAGAAGGACGCCUUCACCAGGCUGAUCCAGGAACGAGCAUCGAUGAGCGUGGUGAUGACGACAGACGUUUCGGCGGCCGGUAGCGAGGACGCGCAGGAGUCGUUUUUGCGGACGGUCAACACACGCAUUGCCGGCGGCGGACGGCUGGCCGCAUCAGCGUCGGCCCAGCAGCCGCGGGUUGUCGUCGAUGUACGCGAGUUUCGCUCGUCGCUGCCGUCUCUGCUGCAUGGCCGCAGCAUGGUCGUGGUGCCGUGCAUGCUGACGGUCGGCGACUAUGUGUUGUCGCCACACAUCUGCGUCGAGCGCAAGUCGGUCAGCGACCUGAUCUCGUCCUUCCGAGACGGCCGUCUCUUUGGCCAGUGCGAGUCCAUGUUCCAGCACUACCGCGACGCCAUGCUGCUGAUCGAGUUUGACCAGAACAAGUCCUUCACGCUCGAGCCGUUUGCCGACUUGCAGCACGGCCCGCCCUCGAUUGUCGCGCCCGCUGCUGCUGCUGCUGCCACCGACCUGCAGUCCAAGAUCGUGCUGCUGACCCUCGCCUUUCCGCGCCUGCGCAUCGUCUGGGCCUCGUCGCCCUACGAGACUGCCGAGAUCUUUGAGCGGCUCAAGGCCCAGGAGCCCGAGCCCGACCCUGUCGCCGCUGUGCGUGCCGGCCUCGACCCCAACGCCCGCGCCGACGACCAGCCCUUCAAUCAGGAGCCUCAGGAGAUGCUGGCUGCCGUGCCUGGCGUCACCCCCCAGAACAUCCGUACCCUCGUAGCCGAGACCGAGAGCAUCCAGGCCGUUGCCGUCAUGGACGCCGCUGCACUCUCGCCGCUGGUGGGCCCGGAGUCGGCGCGGCAGAUCGAAGGCUUCUUCAAAAAGGACAUUAUCGAAGAUGCCGGGGACUGA